AUGCCCACCCUACCUGAAGAGCCAAACAGGUUGACGGAUCCAGGGACCGACAAACCGGCCCAGGAUGAAGAUGAUUGGACUGGGCUGACGGACCCCGCGGAGCGUCGGCGGCGCCAGAAUCGGAUCAAUCAACGAGCCCGACGAAGGCGGCAACGCAUGGAGGCAAGCUCAAGAUCGAGCAAAGGCAAAGACAAGGAUAUCCAUCCGAAAAGCCUGGUCGGGCCUCGUCCUCCCGCAACCGCACUUGAUCACGACGCCGUGUCAAACAGCUCGAGCUAUGAGGAUUCUAAAAUUGCUUGCAUGACUCCAGACUCACGGAGACUACUUGUCCAGUUUGCCCAGGAGGCCUACCGAAGUUAUAUGCUGGGGUCUCCGACCUCAGAACACCUCUUGACGCUGACUAAGGUCAAUGUCUUCCGGGCCUAUAUCGACAACAUGAAAAUCAUUGGCAAUUUCUCAGAGAACAUCUGCGAAGAUGCCAUCUCACGAUUCUGUGAGGCCAAUCUGCCCGACGGGGCUUCGCCAGCGGUCGAGUACAGCAAUAUACCGAUCAACUUACAGCCAACAAAAAUUCAACGCACCAUCCCUCAUCACCCUUGGCUGGACUUCUCCCCCAUCCCAAGAUGCGUGACAACCUUAUCCAAGCAGAUCCCAAUUGGGACGAUGAAGAGCUUUGUGUGGAUUUAA